GGAAGUCACAUGGUAACCACAAGAACACGUCACACCUUCUCAGUCUGACAGUUUCACAGUGUCAGUGUGUCGGGGGGACUCUGAUCCAACAUUGAGGCAGUAAGGAUGGCCGUUUGGGACAGAAAGAUCCUCUGUGGCGUCCUGCUGAUGCUGGCUGGUGCUGUGGGUCUACAUGUGAAGUAUCCACCUCCUGUUUGUGCUGUGAAGGGGUCGACCGUCACCCUCCCCUGCACCUUUGAACCAUAUGAGUCCUACGAACUGGAUGGAAAAGAGGUUUCUACAAAGAUCGUCAGAGUCCGCUGGUGUCAGAACCAUUUGAUUUGUCAUGUCUCAACCCCGUCUGUGUACGACAGUGACUCAACGAACAACGACCCUCGUUACAAAUACCUCGGAGACAUGACGGGAAGCUGCACGUUACAGAUCACAGAUAUACAGAUGGAAGACAGCACGACGUUUCGAUUCAGAAUGGAAGCUGAGCACAAGAAAGGACAUUUUACUGAACGAUCAGGAGUGGAAGUCACUGUCACUGACGAUGUUCAGGUGAACGUUACCAGCUCCACAGCAGACUUCAGGGCAGGUGAAGCUGUCACUCUGUCCUGCACUGCUCGCUGCACUUUCCACCAACUGGAGGUCACCUGGAUGAAAGAUGGCCACGCCCUCUCAGAGACCGGCCCCGCCCUUCGGCUCAGCUCUUUGACUGCAAAGGAUUCUGGGAACUACACCUGCAGUGUGAAGAUGGGUGCCGACAGGCGUUCUCAGCCGUACAGGCUGCACGUGGAGCCUGAAGACAGAGGUCAGAGCGUCGACACGAUGCUGCUUAUUCGUGUGAUUCUCUUCAGUCUGCACACUGUGCUCAUCGUCGUCAUGGCAGCCGUCACCAUCAAAACAGGACUGUGCAGGAGAACAGCAGCACAGAGCUGAAGGACGACAGGCCUGAUGGCGCCGCGCCUCACAGCCGUACACUGGACUGAAAACAGCUCUGUUCAUUUGUUCAUGCUUCAUGUUUCUAAAUGUUUUAAUGGUUUUAUGAUGUCAGGUGACUGAAUGCCACUUUAAUAAAUAUUAUUAUUAUUACAGUCAGACAUAUUUCAUAUUUCAAAACUUUUGUUUAACAGUUUGAGAAACAUUGCUCUUUAGGACUAACUGGACGUUACAGCUCCACCUGGUGGUCGGAGCUUGUGUGUGUUUAUUGUAUUCAUGUCUGUUUCCAUCUCUGAGGCUCUUUGACUCAACUGGUUUCAAGCUGAUAAUAAACUUCAUUUAUUUUCUAAAGUUUAGAACA